CGUCAAAAUGGCGCUGGCUGGCGUAAAGUUAGAUGACGGUCGAGGUGGUUUUGCCUCGAAUUGUUUUCCUGUUCGACCAGGUUUUGGAAAAACAAGUGAUGAUGCCAGUGGAGCCUGGUUAAUAGCUCAUCAUGCUGAGCAGCGCCGUAGGUUUAAAGCUGUCCUCUGCACAAAACCUCGGACAUACGCAAGGAUCAAAGAAGAAAGAAAGAAAUCAGAGCUGACAGGCACAAAACUUGAUGCCCAAAAGUUUGAGGAUGAGGGUGAUCAAGAUGAAGAUGGUGAUGAUGAGGAAAAAUUUCUUGAUGGAUUCUUUUUGAUGAAACACUGUUGUGUGGAGGACCCUGCAGAUUUGUGUUCUGUGAACAUUGCAGGAAAAGAGUUGACCGAUGUGAAGGAAGAUGACCUUGCCCUUUUUGAAAAUGUCGCUUAUGUCAAUGCUGGUGAAAACUACCUUCCUUUUGAGGCUUUUCGGGGAUUUCCUGCCUUGAGAGAAUUGGAGAUUCCUCUGAAUGGUCUAAGGAGUUUGCAGAUUGAUUAUACAGACUUCAAUAACCUGGAGAUGCUGGACUUAUCCUACAACAAUCUGUCCCAAGACGACCUGCUGUGUCUGGGGCUGCUGAGUCAGCUCAAAGUGUUGCACCUCACGGGGAACCACUUCACUCGCCUGCCACAGGACAUGGCCAUGCCCUACUUGUCUCGGGAAAAAAACAUCCGCUUCCCGAGGUACAGCAAGCUGGAGGUCCUCCUCCUUGACGACAAUCAGCUGAUGGAGAUGAACAUCUUUGCUGCUCUCGCUGGACUGCCAAAGCUGCGUCACCUGAACAUGUCCAAGAACGAGAUCUUCUUUGUGCCACAACUCAAGUCUGUGGAAGGUCGCGUGGUCACUCAGGACGGCAAGGACAAGAAGCGCCCUCGGAGACCAGGCUCCGGCAGACGAAGCUCACGCCGGUCAAAGUCACGGGCGGCCCAGGAAGCGUCGCUAAUUGACCUUGAGGUCAAGGCUAGUGAGGUCUCGUCUUCGGGAAAAAACCCUGCGGAUGGAAAGGGAGAAUCUAGCUCUGAAGUGAAGGAAGGAAGCAACGUUGCCACUGAGAAAUCAGGAACCCAAGUGACUGAAGGCUCUCACUUGCAAGGCCAAGGCUCUGAUCUUCUUGCGGAGGACUUCACAUCAGGAGACUUGUCUGCUCGCAUUCAAGACUUGGAUCUAGAGACCAGCCGCGGGGAGGAAGUGACGGCAGCGGUUCCCGAGAAAUCUGAGCCUCAGAUGCCACCAUUUCCUGAGCUGAGAUACCUGAAUCUGUCAUAUAACAAGAUCUGUGAGGAGGACGCUCUGCUAGCCGUGGCUGCCUGGCCUAUGUUGAUGGAACUGGACAUUUACCAAAACCCUCUGACCACUGAGAGGAGUGGUGAUCCCCCUUUGCUGCGACGCUUCUUGCAGGACAGGCUUCACAUCAAGCUAAACAGGUCAAAGCCUGAUGAUGUAGUGGGAUUCCUGAAGACGAGCAAAGUAGAAAUACGACCUAAAAACAUCAAGAUCCAAGAAGUUGUGCCUAAAGUCCCGCGACUCACAGUUGAGGAGAAGAUGAGGCUUGAGUUACCUCCCCCACCACUUUCUCAUGCCAUCGAGCAUGGUUCCAGCCCUGUGCCUAUGGACUUUCAUGGCAAGAAGAAAAUGUCUGUUCUGCCUCCAAUCCCGACCACCCCGAAAGAGGAGCUGACAGAAGCCUGGGCUGAGAGGAUCAUGGAGGAGGAAGAGGAGGAGGACGAAGACUCCUACAGCAACGAGAGGGAGGAUACUCAGAUGAGCGCGGCUCAAAGGGACAACUCGGAUACUUUCUUCAUGACUCAGCCUGAUGACAUAGAGGCCAAACACAGUGGCCCGAGGAGGGAACCCUCAGUUGCCGAGGACAGACGAGUGAGAGGAAAAGUCCCGGAGGGGGGUCAGGCCGGUGCUGCCAAGGUCGUGGAUGGCAGGUACAAAGGGUACGAACUCCUGCUGGACAUUGAGGAACUGGAGAAUGAGCCGGAGUUGCCUCCUGCAAAAGAUAUCCAAGGGAAUAUUCGGGCCCUGAAGCACACACUGAGCCACCAGCUGGUUUAUCGUGACCCGGCCAUCGAGCUGAGCAAGGUCAAGAAGAUGGUUCAGGAAUACCGCAGGGCUCCGGUUCCGCCAGCCAAACCUCAUCAGAGCUACCAGGAGAGGAUUGACGACGCUCUGGAGAACCUGAAGACCAGGUCGAUAGUGGAGGAAGAGAAACUGACCACGGUUCUGAAAGAUCGUUCUCGACUCCGCAAACAGUUCCCUGAGGCGGACAAUCUGCUUGGUCAGAUCCAGCGGAAGUACAACGCUGUGCGAGUCCACUCACUGAAGGACGCCAAACAGGCGAAACAGAUCACGGAAUCUGUGCUGAACCUUUUGCCAGACUCAAAACCUGUUGCUGGGAAAUGAGGGAGGAUUAUUUUAAGGA